UGAAAAGUCAAUGGAGGGUCAUUCAUGGAUACAUGAAGGAGCAAGCUUUGUUCGAUAACAGCUUUCAAUUGUUUUCCCCAAGUUUCGAUGACACAAAGCACAAUAUAUUAUGCUCUGAAUUGAAGUAAUUGUAUGUUGCAAUUACUCGGACGAGGCAAAGAUUGUGGAUUUGUGAGGAUGGCCUGGAGUUCUCCAAACCAAUGUUUGACUACUGGAAGAAGUGCCUCAUUCAAGUGAGGUUGGUAGAUCAGGCCCUUGCAGAGGCAAUGCAGGUCAGGAGCACUCCAGAGGAGUGGAAGUCACGAGGUUUUAAGCUCUUACGUGAGGCUACCUACCUGAUGGCAACAAUGUGCUUUGAGCGAGCAAGGUACGAUUACGGGGAGAAAUUGGCUAAGGUCUCUGCUUUCAAAGCAGAUGCAGAUCUCAAGCAUGUUUUAAGUCCACAAGAGGCUUCUCACCUUCGAAGGCAGGCUGCUGAGAUUUAUGAAGCAAUUGGAGUGGCAGACUCUGCAGUGGAGUGUUUCUACAUGUUGAAGGAAUAUGAGAAAGCAGCUGUGUCAAGGCUGCCUAAGAAAGAGGAAGUUUGAUUUUGAUUUCAAUUAUUCUCUUGUAUAUAGUUUUUAUACAUGCGUUGUACCCACUUGUUUACC